AAUGAUGGUUUCGUAACCAGGCGACUCAUGGACCCGUGACCUGAUAGUUACCAUAGUUACCCCAUCGAUUCGGCGCAUGAUGCAGCUGCUCUUCGCUUUUCUCUUGGUUUCUGCCUUGGCUGAGCUACGCUUCGCUUCGCGGAGCACGUUCACUGGCCUCGGACACGACGCACGUAAUCACCCCGUGCCCGAAGCGACAAAUGGAGCGGGUGCCAGACAUUUGCAGGACUGUGAGGUCAUUUCCUGGGCCGAACUUUGUGAACGGAAAAAGUUGACGGUCGGGUCGUGUUUUCAACUCAAGCCCAGCGUGGAAGCGCCGUUCUGCGAGCUGCAGUCGCAUGGGGCCGUGCAGCUGCGCCCAGCUGGAGCCGCCGGGAUUCUGACCUUGAGCUCCGGGGAGCUGCGCAUCACCGGGCAAUUUCAGAUGACUUCGCUCCGUCUGGUAGCCAAGAGUGUUUUGCUUGCAGAUGCUCACGUGGAAGCGUGGCAUGGAGCUCCAUCGCCAAACUCUACCGCACCUGGUGGCGCCUUUUACAGCAAGGGGUCAUUCACUUUGACCAGAUCCCGCUUAACAGUGAGAGAUGCUGGAGCUACUACAAUGAGUGGUGGUGGCUUCGCAGCUGAUGGAGACCUGAGCGUCCGCCACUCGGAAGUUGUGAUCGAAAACGUUGCAGCGAUGUACGGCGCUGGUUUCUCUGCGGGAAAUAUCGACAUUUCUGACAAUUCCAGGAUCCUCAUCCAGAACACCAGAUGCAGCAAGAACGGUGGAGCCUUCCAAACAGUCGGACGUUUGCAGGUGACCCACAGCUCAGUUGUCAGCCUUCAGAACGUGACCGCUGGAAGCUAUGGAGGAGGUUUCACUGCUCUUGAAGAGGUUGAGAUUGCUGGAAACUCAACCAUCAACAUUUCCAACAGCCAUGCUGAAUCAGGAGAUGGGGGCGGUUUUCAAACGGGAAGCGGAUUGAACGUGUCCAGCGGCUCAAGAGUCAUCCUUCGGAAUGCGACGGCCGCUGCAGAUGGAGGAGGAUUUUUUGCAAUAGGUAGGACAUUUAUCAGUCAUUCCACAGUCAGCAUCCAAAAUGCCAGGGCCUGGCGGUAUGGUGCAGGAUUCUUUUCCCAAAAGGAAGUGGUCAUUGAUGAGAUGUCCAGUGUCCGCAUUUCCGAUUCAAGAUCUAAAGGUGGAGGUUUCGCAACUGACAAGUGGUUGCAGGUGACCAACAGCUCACUUCUCAGCCUUCAGAAUGUGACCACUGGAGAGAGUGGAGGAGGUUUUGUUGCUGUUGAUGGGAUUGAGAUCGCUGGGAACUCAACCAUGAACAUUUCCAACAGCCACGCUGAAACAGGAAUUGGGGGUGGUUUUUAUGCAGAGCAGGAUUUGAACGUGUCCAGCGGCUCAAGAGUCAUCCUUCGGAAUGCGACGGCUGGAAUGUCUGGAGGAGGAUUUUUUGCUAAAGGUAGGACAUUUAUCAGUCAUUCCACAGUCAGCAUCCAAAAUGCCAGGGCCUGGCUGUAUGGUGCAGGAUUCUAUUCCCAAAAGGAAGUGGUCAUUGAUGAGAUGUCCACUGUCCGCAUUUCCGAUUCAAGAUCUGAAAAAAGAGGUGGAGGUUUCGUAACUGACAAUUGGUUGCGGGUGACCAACAGCUCACUUCUCAGCCUUCAGAAUGUGACCACUGGAGAGAGUGGAGUCGAGGAGGUUUUGUUGCUCUUGAAGAGGUUGAGAUCGCUAGGAAACGGUGGAGGCUUCGGAACGGGGAAACGGUUGCAGGUGACCAACAGCUCAGUUCUCAGCCUUCAGAAUGUGACCACUGGAGGGAGUGGAGGAAAGGGUGGAGGUUUUGUCGGUCAGGAUGUGAAGGUGUCCUCUGGCUCAAGACUCAUCCUUUGGAAUGCGACAGCUGGACUGUCUGGGGGCGGAUUCGGAAACGGUGGAGGCGUCGCAACAGCGAAACGGUUGCAGGUGAGCAACAACGCAGUUCUCAUUCUUCAGAAUGUGACCAACAGCUCAGUUCUCAGCCUUCAGAAUGUGACCACUGGAAGGAAUGCAGGAGGUUUCCUGGCCUUUGAUGGGGUUGAGAUUGCUGGGAACUCAACCGUGAACAUUUCCAACAGCCAUGCUGGAACAGGAAAGGGUGGAGGUUUUGUCGGUCAGGAUGUGAAGGUGUCCUCUGGCUCAAGACUCAUCCUUUUGAAUGCGACAGCUGGACAGUCUGGGGGCGGAUUCGUUGCAUACGGCAGGACUUUGAUAAUCAGCAUGUCCACAGUCAGCAUUCAACAUGCCACGUCUCGGCAAUAUGGUGGAGCUGGUGGAGGGUUUUAUGCUGGUGACGAAGUUGUAAUCGAUAGGAUGUCAAGUGUCCACAUUUCCGAUGCAAGAUCUGAAGGAAACGGUGGAGGCGUCGCAACAGCGAAACGGUUGCAGGUGAGCAACAACGCAGUUCUCAUUCUUCAGAAUGUAACCACUGGAAGCAAUGGAGGAGGUUUUGUUGCCCAAAGAGAGGUGGAGAUAGCUGGGAACUCAACUGUAAACAUUUCCAACGGCCAUGCUGAAUCAGGAAAGGGUGGAGGUUUUGUCGGUCAGGAUGUGAAGGUGUCCUCUGGCUCAAGACUCAUCCUUUGGAAUGCGACAGCUGGACAGUCUGGGGGCGGAUUCGUUGCACACGGCAGGACUUUGAUAAUCAGCAUGUCCACAGUCAGCAUUCAACAUGCCACGUCUCGGCAAUAUGGUGGAGGUUUUUUUGCUGACCACGAAGUUGUAAUUGAUGGGAUGUCAAGUGUCCGCAUUUACCAUUCAAGAGCAGAACAUGGUGGUGGUCUAGCAACUGACAAGUGGUUGCAGGUGACCAACAGCUCAGUUCUCAGCCUUCAGAAUGUGACCACUGGAGGGAGUGGAGGAGGUUUUGUUGCCCAAAGAGAGGUGGAGAUAGCUGGGAACUCAACUGUAAACAUUUCCAACAGCCAUGCUGAAUCAGGAAAGGGUGGAGGUUUUGUCGGUCAGGAUGUGAAGGUGACCGACAGCUCACUUGUCAGCCUUCAGAAUGUGACCACUGGAGAGAGUGGAGUCGAGGAGGUUUUGUUGCUCUUGAAGAGGUUGAGAUCGCUAGGAAACGGUGGAGGCUUCGGAACGGGGAAACGGUUGCAGGUGACCAACAGCUCAGUUCUCAGCCUUCAGAAUGUGACCACUGGAGGGAGUGGAGGAAAGGGUGGAGGUUUUGUCGGUCAGGAUGUGAAGGUGUCCUCUGGCUCAAGACUCAUCCUUUGGAAUGCGACAGCUGGACUGUCUGGGGGCGGAUUCGGAAACGGUGGAGGCGUCGCAACAGCGAAACGGUUGCAGGUGAGCAACAACGCAGUUCUCAUUCUUCAGAAUGUGACCAACAGCUCAGUUCUCAGCCUUCAGAAUGUGACCACUGGAGGGAGUGGAGGAGGUUUUGUGACCGACAGCUCACUUGUCAGCCUUCAGAAUGUGACCACUGGAAGGAAUGCAGGAGGUUUCCUGGCCUUUGAUGGGGUUGAGAUUGCUGGGAACUCAACCGUGAACAUUUCCAACAGCCAUGCUGGAACAGGGUUUUGUGCAGAAGGAGUAGCAUAUGUCAACGCAUCUGCAGUGGCCAUGCUCAGCACCCAUACAGUGUCAGAUGGUGGUGCUUUUUCUGUGCUUGGUUUGACUUUGCACAGAAGUUCGAUCUCCAUUGGCAACUCCACUGCGGUGGGAUCAGGGUCGGGAGGUCGCGUAGAAGGCCAAGUGCUCCUUUCGUCUCAGUCCAACUUGGUGGUGAAACAGGCGCAAGGUCGUGAGAAUUCCAGCGUGCUGGCAGCAAGUUGCCUCCACCUAAGAGAUCGGUCACGCGUUCUUUUUGAGGAUGUCAUCAGCGGCCAUGGGGUGGAGCUCCAAAACAGGGGAUGCUCCAGAAGUUGCUCAAACAGCACCUUCCAUGUCGCAGCAGAUGCAGUCCUCAACGCCAGUGGUCGUUUUAGCUCAGGUCUUCUAUCCCUUGCAGCCUGCCCAAAGGACCCGAAGGAGAAGGUACGCCUCUCCGGGAUCCACCUCCAGUCGUCCAGUUCGUUGCUCAGCACCCAGCCAAGUGUCCCAAGCUCUGUGGUGGUCGACCAAGUGACUAUCGACUACGAGCCACCUGUCAACAAUUUACAGAUCCUAGCUGCCAAGG